AUGAUCAAUGGCGAGACAUUACGAACUAAGGCCUUAGGCAAGGCCAAGUUUGAAGACAUGAGAAGCAAGAUUGGUAUCAUGAAGAUCAAGGAUGGGGGAAGCAGCACAAGUGACUGUGCAAGUACCCAGGCAGUUAGCUGUUUAGUUAAUGCUCUAAUGAGCCAUCAAUGUAAUCAAUGUGCUACUUAUCUCCUAUAUAUGAAAGAGCAAACUGUUGCACAUGUCCACAUUCACCUCAUCCCGAGGAAGAAAGGGGAUUUUGAGAAAAAUGAUGAAAUAUAUGACGCGAUUGAUGUGAAAGAGAAAGAAUUGAAGGAGAAGCUUGACCUGGACAUUGAGAGGAAAGAUAGAACCAUGGAAGAAAUGGCUCAUGAGGCCAAUGAGUACCGUGCUCUUUUCUCCUAG